GUCCGACCAAAAAUUACUUUAAAAAAAAAACCAAAAAACCAAACAAUCCCUUGAAAUAUUUUCCAUUCUUCCACGAGCUCUUUCCCCUGAACAGCAAGGAAGAAGAAGAGGAGGAGGAAUCGAGGAUUGAAUUUGGAUCGAUCGAUAUUGUAUUUGUGAUAAAAACGGGAAUCAAAGAUUUUGGGGUGAGGAUCAGGAGGAAUAAUAAUGGGGAUCAGAUUUAUAUUGAUGGUGAACAAACAAGGGCAGACGAGAUUAGCCCAGUACUACGAGUACCUCACCAUUGAAGAAAGACGUGCCCUUGAAGGUGAAAUCGUCCGCAAAUGUCUCGCUCGAACUGAGCAACAGGUUCUUUCUUAUUCCCACUUUCAUCCCUUUUCCCUUUUGAUUUUUUUUUUUUUUUUUUGGUUAAUCAAAUUGGGGAAUUCUUACCUCGGAGAUUGAAAGUGAAAAUAUUUGGAGUUGUGGUACUACUUGCUGAGGAGUGAUGUGAUUGGGUUUUGUGUAUGAAUCUUUUUCUUGCUUUAAACCUGUUAAUCUAGUGCGGAUCAAAUUGCAUUAUGAUUUCUUGUGUUGUUUGUAUCUUCAUUAUUGGAGUAGUCUACCCAUUUGAUUGAAAACAAUGCCCUCUUCCUUUCUUGUACAAAUUGAUUCUUUUUCGGGGGCUUUUUGGUGAGGUUACAAGAAAAUUUUGGGCAUUACUGGGAUAAUUGUGCAUCCGAGCUGUCUCUGUUGUGGUUUUCUAAAUAUCACAUUUAUUCCUUUUGCUGAGGAAAUAUGGAAAAGAAUCGUUUUUUGUUAUAAAAGAGGAGUAAAUUAAAAGUUUUGAGCUACAUUAAAGUUUUAGUUAGCAUGCUUCAUCUAGUUAAAGUGUUGAAUACUAUCAUCUGUUCUUGUGCGCUGAUGGUUUUAAAACCAACUUUUAGGGGAAACGAUAUAUCUUAUGAGGUACUGUACUAGGAUUUGGAAUUUAGAUUCUAAUAAGGAUGAGACUUCUUCUUUGUUACAGUGUUCAUUUGUUGAGCACCGAAAUUACAAGAUUGUCUACAGGCGAUAUGCAUCAUUAUUCUUCUUGGUUGGAGUUGACAAUGAAGAAAAUGAACUUGCAAUCUUAGAGUUCAUACACCUGUUGGUUGAAACCAUGGAUCGGCAUUUUGGCAAUGUGUGUGAAUUGGAUAUCAUGUUCCACUUGGAAAAAGCACACUUUAUGCUGGAAGAAAUGGUCAUGAAUGGGUGUAUUGUUGAGACUAGCAAGUCUAAUAUUCUUGCCCCAAUACAGCUGAUGGAAAAAGCUUCAUAAGGAAAUUAUACAAAAUUUCUGUAGCAAUCCAUAGAGUUCAUAUGUAACUGUUCCAUUGUGUAUUUUGUUUUGUUUUUUGAGUACUUAUUCAUGUCAUGAAUAUUGCUCUUGCAAUUAUUUUAAAUGAUGUAGUUUUGUUCGGCAAGUGGACAAGCAUGAGUUGUUUUCCGUUUGAGCCUUAGGACUCUGCAUCAUGUUGUAUUUGCUUUUUGUUGAUUACAGAAAUGAGUUGGAAAUUGGGUUAUAAUCUUGGCAAAUUGUAAAACAGUAUUGCGUUCGAGGCAUGAAUAUCCAGCUACUCUUCGAGAUGAAGGGUGUUAAAACUCUAGAAUUCUUUGCCCCUCCCUUUGGGCAUUUACAAAGAAUGCAUUCCACUAUCUGCAAUAUAUGCGGUCAUGUUUCAUAUUUCCAUGUGUAUGUACAAAAGUGCAGGUAAUUCUACAACAAUGCAGCAAGCUGCAGAGAUUUCAACUACCCUCAUGAAAAUAUGCUUGUACUCAGCGUAUUCAGGGGGCCAUAUCAGAUAGCUGCCGGCCUCCCAUCUUUUCUAGGAUCACUUACUGCCGUCAGCAUCCCGAGGACCCCAUUGUUUGAUAUCUUUCCUAGUUUCCUGCCAGAAUUGAUUGGCCUCUGAAAGGUUUGAACUAUAAGUUGGCAAAUUGCACCCCCUGAUUGAGCCUUUAGCUGGUGACCCCUCUCUGCUAAGAAGUGCCUCUUUUCUUCAGAGAGUUCAAUGUGCUCGCCAUCGAUAAUCGUCCAGUUCUCAUACAAAACGAUAUUUGGGAUCAGCUGCACAGAUAGAGGUGGACUUGAACAUAUGAUUUAAACACCGUUGUUCAGUGAACUGAAGAUUUAGCCAAGCAAAUUACCUUGUGGUAAACUCUAGGACUUUGCACAGCCUCUAGAGGUUGCAUUCCCAGGAUGAAAUGGUUGAUGAAGACCUGCAGAACUGCUGGAAUAAUGUUCAUGCCACCACUACCACCAAUCACCCCAGCUAGCUGAUUAUCCU